UAUAAGAACCUCAAUAUCCUUGUGGUUUUUUCUGUGCCUAAUUAUAUAUUUCUACUAAUCAAUCAGCCUCUCCAUACACAAAUUAAAACCAAAUAAGGGGAGGAAUAAAAAAAUAAAAAAAGAUCUGAAGAAGUUUAAAACAAAAAAGAUAUGAACGGAAAAGUGCUUGUUUCUGGUGUAUCCAUCAUUCUUGUGGUGGGUGUUGCCAUUGGAGUUGUAGUUGUUGUUAACAAAAAGGAUAGUAGUGAUCCUGAAUUAGCAGCACAUCAAAAAAAUUUGAAAUCCAUUUGUCAAGUAACUGAAAAUCCACAACUUUGUCAUGACACUCUUAACUCUGUUAAACCCGCCAAUUCCUCUGAUCCAACAGCUUAUUUUGCAGCUGCUGUUGCAGCAAGUGCGAAAAGCGUUAUAGGUGCAUUAAAUAUGAGUGAUAGGUUAACAAUUGAACAUGGAGACAAAAAUCCUGGUGUCCAUAUGGCCCUUGAUGAUUGCAAAGAUUUAAUGGAAUUCGCUCUUGAUAGUCUCGAAGCAUCAGCUAAUUUAGUUCGUGAUAACCACAUUCAAGCGAUUCAUGAUCAAAUACCUGACUUUAGGAAUUGGUUGAGUGCUGUUAUCUCCUACCAACAAUCAUGCACGGAAGGGUUUGAUAGCGACACCAAAGGUGAGGACCAGGUGAAGGAACUCUUGAAAACAGAAAGUUUGGACCAAAUGGAAAAACUUACUGGAAUGACACUUGACAUUGUAACUAGUAUGACUCACAUCCUCCAAACUUUCGACUUGAAAAUGGAUUUGAAUCCAGCUUCUCGUCGUCUUUUGGAUGUUAAUGAACUAGAUAACGAAGGAUUGCCCACGUGGUUCUCAAUUUCUGAUCGUAAGUUAUUGUCUAAGACAAACAACGGUGGAAAUCCUCCACCAAACGUGGUUGUUGCUAAAGAUGGUAGUGGUAAAUUUAAAACAGUUAAAGAGGCUAUUGAUUCCUAUCCUAAAGACUUCAAAGAAAGAUACAUUAUAUAUGUUAAGGCUGGUGUCUACGACGAGUAUAUCACUAUUCCCAAAAAGUCAAUAAAUAUUCUUAUGUAUGGCGAUGGUCCUACAAAGACCAUCGUCACCGGUCACAAAAACUUUGUAGAUGGUGUCAAGACGAUGCAAACAGCCACAUUUGCAAAUGUUGCAAAUGGAUUCAUUGCAAAGUCAAUGGCAUUCGAGAACACAGCAGGACCAGAAAAACACCAAGCAGUAGCAUUUAGAAACCAAGGAGACAUGACAGCAUUCUUUGAUUGUGCAAUGCACGGUUACCAAGACACAUUAUACGUUCAAACAAAUCGACAAUUCUACCGCAACUGUGAAAUCUCUGGUACAGUGGACUUCAUAUUUGGUGCAUCUCCAACGUUAAUCCAAAACUCUAAAAUCGUCAUAAGAAAGCCAGGACCUAAUCAAUUCAACACAGUAACAGCGGACGGAACAAAGCAAAGAAGCAUGGCUACAGGAAUUGUACUCCAAAACUGUGAAAUCGUUGCAGAAAGUGCUUUGCAACCGGUUAGAUUUGAAUUCAAAUCAUAUUUGGGUAGGCCAUGGAAAGAAUAUUCUAAGACAGUUGUUAUGGAAUCAAAUAUUGGUGAUUUAAUUCAACCAGAAGGAUGGAGUGUUUGGGAUGGAACUCAAUUUCUUGACACAUUGUAUUAUGCUGAAUAUGCUAAUACUGGACCUGGUGCUGAUGUUUCUAAAAGGGUUAACUGGAAAGGUUAUCACCCUAAUAUUAAUUCUAAUGAAGCUGCACAAUUUACUGCAGGACAAUUCCUUAGAGCUGGACCAACUGGAAAAGCUGAUGAUUGGUUGAAGGCUACUGGUAUUCCUUAUACCAUUGGCUUCACUAAAGCUUAAUUCAGUUUCAACAAAUUCAUUUCAAGGGUUGGGAAUUGGGAAUUCAUUUAUUGUUAGUAGUUACAGGUGUGUACUUUUUAUGUACACACAAGUUUGUUCAGUUAAGUACAUAGAAAAAAUUUACUAGCUUACAUGUGUUGAUUCUACUUUGAAGCUGGUCUCAAUUUCAAGCUAGCUAGCUCAGGUGGAACCCUUUACAUGUGAUUUGUAUGUAUGGGAGAAUUGUAUGUGUACAGCUUAUAUGUUACUUGAAAUUUUUUACUUUAA